CGAGAGCUUCCAAAGAAGUGUGAAACAGAAAGACAUCCAGAUUCCUAACAUUUUCGACCUGAAGCAAUGGCAUCAAUCCCAGGGGUAGCUCUAGGCUCUUGUGACAAGCUAGUGAUGCCCGUAAUCGGGAUGGGCACUUCGGCUUACCCACCUGUGGAUCCGGAAACAGCAAAGGCGGCCAUACUGGAGGCCAUCAGGGCGGGCUACCGCCACUUUGACACCGCCUUCGCCUAUGGGUCCGAGAAGCCCUUGGGCGAGGCAGUGGCAGAGGCUCUGCGCCUCGGUCUUGUGAAGUCCCGGGAGGAACUGUUCAUCACCACCAAGCUGUGGUGCACGUUCGCUGAGAAGGACUUGAUAGUGCCCGCCAUCAAGAUGAGCCUGAGCAAUCUUCAAAUGGAUUAUGUGGAUCUGUACCUAAUCCACUGGCCGGUGCGGUUGAGCAAAGAGGUGGGCAGGAUGCCCGCCCAACGGGACCAGAUAUUCGCCCUCGACAUCAAAUCCGUGUGGGAAGGCAUGGAAGAGUGCCAGAAUCUCGGCCUGGCCAAGGCUAUCGGCGUCAGCAACUUUUCGACCAAGAAGCUCGAUACGCUCCUCUCCUCUGCCCGAAUCCCUCCUGCUGUCAAUCAAGUGGAGAUGAACCCGAUGUGGCAGCAGAAGCAAUUGAGAGAGUACUGCAAUGCUAAGGGAAUACACAUAACUGCCUACUCGCCCUUGGGUGCGCCCACGACCAAAUGGGGAGACAAUCGGAUCGUAGGAUCUGAUGUGAUCGAAGAGAUUGCUCGUGCUAGAGGCAAAACCCCUGCCCAGGUUUCGCUGAGGUGGGUGUACGAGCAAGGAGUGAGCUUGGUGACAAAGAGCUUCAACAAGCAGAGGAUGAGGGAAAACCUCGGCAUCUUCGACUGGUCUCUGACCGAAGAGGAGUCUCGCAGGAUUAGUCAACUCCCACAGCACAAGGGCGUUCGCUUUGCCAGUAUACUUGGCCCGCAUGAUAUCAGUUUCGAGAUUGACGCGGAAAUAUGAUUCUCUUAACUAAGCCAUAGGAUUUCUCUUGUAAUCGAAACGAAAAGAAAAAUGCGCUCUUAUGCAUAAUUACAUCUAUUAGAGCACAUACAUCUUUCUUUUUACUUUCUGUUUUACUUAUUUCUCUGAAUAAAAAGGAGUACAUGUGUCAUAUUAUAUGAUUUUGAUAUGUACCAAAAGGAUUCAUUUGUAUGUCCCAUAUGUUAGUUCUAUGUUUUCGAUCAUACAAAAAUUGACCAGAAAUUACUGUGCAA